AUGACUCGAGUCAGGGGACCUGUGCAAACUCAGCAACCGCGAGUUGCCAAUGUCACUACUACUCUUGUAACUUCUCAGACGAGCGGUGGCACCAAGCCAACAAAGAGACAGAUGAAGCGGUGGAAGCAUAAGCACAGAUGGGCACACAGAGUCGAGAAAGGUAUCAAGGAAGCCAUCGAGAGAGAACGUGGAAUGGAUGUUCAGAAGCAGGGUAACCGUCUUAUUAAGCCAGCUCCUCCUUCGUCUGAUACUGCUUCAACUGGAGAUCCCCAGGUGCAAGAUGUCUUCAGCAUUUCGCAGCAGUGGGAAUCUUACGCAAGGCACAUGUUCCGAGAACCAAUUAGCUACGCGGAUCUUGAAGCGCCAUCCAUUCCUGGAUGA